GUGUCUUCCGAUUGGAUGAAAUGCAUUAACAGUAAGCAAACAUCGUUGUUUAUAAAACAUAUUUGUGAGUGCGUGUACCAGGGACCUCGAGUCCAUUUUAUCCAUAUAAUGUAAAACCCGAUAACAUAGUUGUUGGAGAUCUUGUCUUGUGAAGAACUAGAGAUUGGAUUUACUAAACCAUUAACAGGAAAAUCAGGGAAGAGAAAAUGCGACUCGCAAAGAAAAAAUAUGCGGAGGAGAAGGAUGACCCCACCGUCAUAUUGGCCCUUGACAUAAAAAAGAUCUGGAAAUCACUUGAGGAGUUUUCUAUACCCAGUGAUGCGUGGCGACGGGUUGAGGAUUUCGCCCUACCUAGUGCGUAUCGCACGUGUACCAAGGUCAAGGGCAAGAUGAUAUUAAUGGACAGCAUCAGUGCAGCCGAGGCAUCCAAACUUUCUACUGUGUUUGACGAGUUUCGAACUGUAGUCCAGUACAUUACAGGCGUAUAUAUGGACGUGAGCACUAGCAUUGCAGAGGACCCUGAUCAAGCUGCAAAGUACUACGAAAAAACCUGCCCGGUCAUACUUACCUUAUGGUCAGCUUGUGUCCGACUAACAGUGGACUGUAUCAUCACGCUCAAACAACACUGGGGAGACUCUGAGGAGUACGUGGAUCUGUCGAAAACAAUAUCAUCUACGUGCGCCAUGUGUGUCAAAAUGAUAACAGUGACUGCUGACGUCAUCAAAUUCCCUGUUCCGGAUGAGCAGAAGGACGCUUUCCUCGAAAGUUCGGUAGACAAGUCGACCGAAGUAUGUUCAGCACUAUCCAAACUCAUAGAUGCUGCGAAGCCGGAUGACGAAGGACCAACUGAAGCCAUGAUGGAGAUGGUCACGUGGUCUCUGUUUAGCUUAAACCACGUGUCGUGUUUCGUCAUAAAGCCACUCCUAGCGAACGGUCAUGUGGAGUCAAAGUGGUUCAAACAAUACAGUGGAACACUAGACAAAAUGUUUGACAAGCUACAGUCUGUCACAGACGAAUCCUCCACGGGUGUCGAUUCUCAGGCACGCAAGGAGACGCCACCUCCUCAAGAAACAGAAUCAGAGCCGGAACCGGAAGUGAAGGAAGACACCAAUGGGAAGGAAAAGAAGAAUGAAAUAAAUACGAAAGGAGCUAAAAAGGAAGUGAAAGGAAAGGAAGUCGCAGAGACCCAGGAAGAGGAACCGGAAGUACCACCGCCGCCACCGCAACAGCAAACACCCGAGAUUCUUGCCACACUUGAAAAAGAAUAUGCGAAAUUUUCAGAGGAAGUCCUCAGCACCGGAAAGGUUACUGUAUGUAUUGAGGACGAAUCCGAUCAGAACGUUCGACUCUUUUACCGACCAGAAAUACAUAAAGAACUUGCUAAAUGUCGUUUUGGCGCCUGCGAUAUGAAGGACAGAGUCCAGUGGCUUGAGGAGAUUGAACUCUCACCUGACCAAACACUAGUGUCAGACGUAUACGUCAUCAGUGACGGAAUCCUAAAGACGACGAUGGAUGUCGAAGUGGAAGUGACCGCUGUUCCCCCUAAGGGUUCCGCCAGCCGAGUCAUUGUCAACAUCAAAAAGGGAGGAGUGUGGUCUAUUUUAGAAAAUUUUGACAGGGAUGUCUUUCCAGAACAUGUACGAAUUUCGUUUAAGACAAAUGAGUUGGAGGCUGUGUAUGCUUACAUAGAGGAACUCUCGGACGAAGAGGAGAUAGUGCCAGAAGGAUGCACCUUUAAAUCGCCAACGAAUCCAAAAGUCUUUAUCAACUUCCCACAUGGUGCUGUCCAAGAUCCUACAAAGGUCUUGGUGAAGUUUGUCAGUGCAGAUGAAGUAGUGGUGAACGACAGACCAUCCUCAGAAAAACCGUUGGACGGUGUCAGAGGAACUCUGGCCGUCUCGGAUGCUGUUGAGGUUUCUGCCAAAGACUCCUCCGUGGAUGUCCAGAAAAAUAUCCUCGUACAACUGACGAUUGAUGGGGAUGACAGCGAUGACGGCAAAGACACACACAUAGUGGUUAUACGGUACCGUGGUGACCAGGUCCAAGUAAUGGACAAAUCCCAAUGUCAUAUCACCAAAGUAGAGGCGGGUGUCUAUAGUGUUCAGACGCGCGGACUCUGGUGCAUCGGAAUAGCAAGAAUAAAGAAAAUAUUUCUCAACAUGAGGGACACAAUUAAGAAGGAAUUUCUAGUUAUGUUUGGGAAAGUCAAACUGUGCAACAUCUGUACCUUCAUAGACAAUACACUUCGUGACAGAGAACGCGGUCUAGCAACAUUCUGGAUAGAAAUUAUCGAAAAAGUCAAAGUACCUGAAGCAACAUCAGAAAGAGCACUACAAAACCUCAUUGAGGUCAAAUCUAGUAGGUCAAAAGAUCUCAUUAUCAGGCAGAGUGAAACGUUGAACGUUCAAUUAGAUGGACAAGUAAGAGUAGUGGGAGCCCCACUGACCGAUAAAUAUACCCUAACUUAUCUCGAAAAUACAGACAACCACUUACAAGUUCCUUUGGAGAUUAAGAGAGAUCAGGACAAACCACCAAAUGCGACAUUUAUAUUCAAGGACGUCACAUCCGGUCAAACGUGCCACACAGUUUCUGUCCCCAUCCGGGACCUUACGGAGCUGGCAACAGAAGACAUCACUUCGCGCCCUCCGACACAGUACCAUGACAAGGACAAUUCUCGGGAGGAAUUUAAACACAGGGACGAAGCUGCUAAGAAUGUUUUGUCCCACAGUAGUUUGAUGUGUCUGGCGCGUGUCCUAUCCCAUACAGAAUGCAAGCGCCUUGGUACUCAGAUGGGUGUACCCAUGGAAACGAUUCAGAAGCUUUGGGACGCUUGUGAAAGGGAGCCUACAAAUACCAACUUCAGGAUCCUGUGUGAGUGGCGAGGGAAAUCUGUCCGAUCAUCCAUGGUGGAUUUUCUCUUAAAUUCUCUUCGGACGAUUGGACUGUGCAAACAUGCUGCGGUUGUAGAAAAGGUUUCAAAACUUAGCAGAGGCUUUCAGCAAGAGGAUUUCGAAAAGUAAUUAAUACAAAUGAUUAAUGGAUAUUUGUUGACAUUGAGAAACAAAUCUAUGGUCUUGGAGUGGAAAGUGUCUCGUAAGAAUCCAUUCAUGAAACUGCACAAUUUAAAACCAUGGACAUGAUGGUGUGAUUUAUUCAGAUACGUAAGGGGCGCUUUUCCUUCUACGCCCAAGUACAUAACAGUAUCUGAUGCGUCAUCAGUUUAUGUGCAUGACGUGCUGGAUCUCAUUACCUGGGUCAUGUGACGUAUCUUUUUGACAUCACAAACUGAUGAUAAAGGAUUUUUAUUUUCUAUAUAUUUUUUAUAUUUGUUGUUAAUUGAUUAUUUAUUGGUGGCAUUUUUAUAAGUUUGCUCACAAGAAACUUGACAUUUACCCGAUUUGUCAACCUCUAUAUGGUCGUAACACAGAACAGUAUCGCAAGUCGUUGUGUGUUACCCAUCUAAUUCAGAUAUCUCUAUCUAUCAACAAAAGAUGUCUGUAUUUGAAUCGAGAUAUCUUAUUUAAAUACAGUAUUUUUAUUAAUGUAUCAAACAGAGACAUAUCUAAAUAUCGGUAUAUAAAAGAGAUAUCUUUAUUGCAUUUUUGCCAGUAAAAUAUAGAGAUUUAUCAAACUAAUAAAACUUAUAUCGCAGUGAUGAGCAAUGAAAAUAUAAGAUUUUGCAAUGAAAAUAUAAGUUUUUCGAUUUUUUGUUCAAUCAGAGCGAACCUUUGUAUUCAUCUCAUUGAAACUUAAUCGAAACGAAGAUAAAAUGGUUAUUUUGCUGUAAUUCGGAAAUAUUCAGACUAGUUUUUGAAAAAAAAUACUCACUUGACGUUAGCUAUGCAUGCACAGAUUCUCCGAUAACAGCAGAAAACGCUUAAAUUGUGUUUAUCAGUUCUUUCAUUGCGCCGUCAAGUUGACGUGGAUUAACGUCGGAAAGAGAUGACGUCAUGAAUUAUGUUACUGAUUCCCGCGCUUUUUUUUACAAUCUAUUGAUUGUGUUUUAAAGUAUAUAAAAUGCAAUAAAAAGAAAAUUGAAUGGUUUCCCGUUUAAUAUAACAUAUAUUUCACUCGUAUGACAGAAUAUUUCGAUAUUUUUCACGAGUGCGAAAAUCGUACUCGUGAAAUAUGUUACAUUAAACGGGAAACCAUUCAAUAUCCUCUAUAUAUUUUCACAAACAUAUGUAUUUAAAUCAAAACUAUUUUUAUUUAAAUUAGAAUUAUCCGAAAUAACUGUAUUCAAAACACAGAUAACUCAAUUUUGAAUACAUAAAAAAUAGAGAUCUCUCCAUUAAAAAUAGAGAUAUAUGUAUUCAUUACAGAUAUCUUAAUUAAGUAGGUAAAACCCCAGAAUGACUUGUAAUAGAGAGGAUAGCAUUAAAGGAAGCAUGAUUCAUGGACGUCGUUCCUGAAAUCAAGGAUCGUUCCAAACAUCCACGGAAACAGCAAUAUAAAAGCGAAUAUUUAGUAUAUGGGCAUUGUUUUGUUUUUUGAAUAGAAGGGAAUUCAAUGCAAUGUUUUUAUAUUCAAUAUAUUAUUAUCAUAUUUUUCUAUGAAAUAUAUUUGCUUACUAAUUUGUAAUACAUGUACAUUUUAUUAGCAGUCGAUAGCUGAAUAAGACGGUUGCUAAUUCCGGCUUUUUAUCUUCUUUUUUUUCAUAAAAAUCAGACUUGUUGUUUCCUGGAAAAAAAAUUAUGAAAAAAAAAAUUGAAAAUAGGCCAGGUUACCAUUUUUGGACACCCUAACUCUGGAGGAACAGCGACUUGCUCCCAAAUUUAGUUUAUGAUGCCCAUGUUGAGCACUGUAAUUGUUUACAUGUAUUUACUUCAGGGCAGUAAAUGAAUUUUGGUAAUUUUUCAAAGGAUUUGAUACUAAAAUAGAUCAACCGUAAACUUGGCCACUGUGACCUACUUUUCAGUCUUUGAUUACCAGCAUAAAUGUGCAUUAAUAUUUCAGUAGUCACGUCAUUGUCGCCAAUAAAUCCUUUUUGAAGAUGAGAUAUAAAUAUAAGUUCCAUAACCGUGCUCACUGUCCGGCUAAAGUUCAUGUUCAAAUGUUAUAGGUAUCAAAUUUUGUGAUAUAUUGUACUGCACGUUUCAUACUUGCAAUAAAAUGAACUAUUUUCGUAUUUAUUUAUUGAAGAAUAAAGUUAUAUACAUCAA